AUGUCACUUUAUUUAACAUACAUUAUUCUUUCUCUUCUAUCAUUUUUGUCUUAUAAUGCACUUCGAUGCACUACAGACUGUUUAUUUUCAUAUAAUAGUUCUACAUUAUUUAUUUAUCCUGAAGCAUGUAAUCAAACUGUUUCAGCCGGUACAUGUGCAGCAAAUCUUGCUUUUACAUUCGGUGCAGGACAAAAUAUGUUUCAAUUGACAAGUUUUUCAGCAAGUACAAUUUAUAAUUCAAAUAAUCAACGCCGUGGUAAAUUACAAGUAAUGGAUUCAACAACAAUUUCUUUUACACAUUAUGUUGAUAUUGCUUGUAAAGAUAAAGAUGAUUGCGCAAAAGAUUUAGCAAUCAAAAUUACAAAUGAAAUAUUACAAGUAACGCUCAUCCUACAGAUUCGCUGA